AUGGCUCCGCAAAGCUCCCUCAUGCCUCGCGAGGCUCAUGUCCCCCCGAAACCUGUACCUAUUGGCGGAGAUACUAUGUCGGUUAUUGUCUCGCUCGCCUCCGUCUCGGUCUUGUCAAUCUUUCUCUUCCAGAGAAUCACUGCAGUUAGAUCGUGGGCAAGGUUACCGUUUGUUGCCUGGCUCGUUCUGAUCAUCUAUGCCGACUCAUAUGGAUUUGUCUUUACCUCGGCAAUUCUUACACAGGUUUUCGGCCUCAACACCAGCUUUAACAUCUGCCACGGAGCAAUUAUUCUAUGCCUGGUCUGCUAUGUAACAACCAAGAUUCUCAUCUAUGUCUUCCUUGUAGAGAAAGCGCACGUUAUCCGAAGCUCUACUACGCGACGACGAAACUCGGGACUCUACUUGUUCAACAUAAUUACUCUCCUGGUCGGCUAUGGAGUUGUUGUGGUAAUGAACUUUGUCUUCCGCAUUGCCAGAAUCGUCAAUGGGGAGUGUUUUAUUGGAAUGGAAAAGAUCUCAAUGAUUCCUCUUAUCGCUUUCGAUGCUGUCGUCAACGUCUACCUGACUAUCCUUUUCCUCAUUCCUCUCAAGAACCUUUAUUCUUUCAAGAACCUGCCAAAGACCGGCGCCAACUCUCGCCUCCGUAGCAUCGCCAUGCGUACUUUCGUCGGCGCUUGCUGCACCCUAACAAGCAGCAUUGUGAAUUUAUCAGUGUUGAUGGUUCUCAACGGUGAGCCCGGAUGGGUGUGUCUCAUGUGCUGUAACAGCGACGUGCUAUUCUCAGCCGUCGUCGUUCAAUGGGUCACCUCUCGUGACAAUGCCGGAUCCUCCAGUCAAGUUAACUCGGCCGCCCUUGACAACAGCUACGUUGGUAGACAAUCAUCGGCAGCUCAUCAAAUGAGCAGCAUGCGAGCCUCCAAGGCUCCUAACAACAGUCACGACAUGGAUGAUGAGGCCAACCUCGUAUCCUCAGGCGCCGUCGCCUUCUCUAGCGAUAACGGUUCAGAUGUCACCAAGGUCAGCAGUGGUGUCGUUGUUACCACGACCAUCCACCGUCAGAUCAAGCCUACGCCCGGCCGCGAAGGGAGCCUUCUUGAUGAUGAUAUCGAGACUAUUGGCGAGUCUGACCGUGACUUCCCACUACGCCCAGCUGUCUAUUCCCCAGACAAAAUGGAUGCCUCCGAGCCGACACAAACCCAUAUUCAAGGUGGAAGAGUGCAACACCAACGAACGAAAACACUUUCCUUUUCACGACCGAUGAACUGA